AUACAUUACAUAUUGUUACAACUGUUUGCUUAUAAUUAAUUAAUUAAAUAAUAAUAAUAAUAAUAAUUGUGUAAACAAAAUGCAACGUUAUUCAAAUAAGCAAGCAGGUCCAUGGUCCAGUCCAAUCAAACCAUACAAUAGUGAUCAAAAGCCUCUGGACAUAUCGUUGAGAACAUGUGAAACGGCAGCCCAACCGCCAUCUCCUCCUCCUUCCGCCCAAACAUCAGCGCGAUUACGACCACUUAGAUGUACUUACAGACAACCGGGGACUUCAGGUCAACAGUCACCUAAUGUGACAGUUGUACGCAAUCUGCAUACGAGAUCAAAGUCGACAUUCAGAUGGCGAUCGGCACCCGAUGCUGGCGUCGAGGGUUCACUACAGGGACUGGUGUUUGCCAUAACAGGAUCACUGGACAGACUGACCGACGAUGACCUGACAGAAAUGGUCGAGACGUGCGGCGCCACUCUGACACAGACUAUGAACGCCGACUGUAACUAUUUGAUUGUCGGCACCAAUGGUUCGACCGGAGCCGUCGAUAAGGCGACCAAAGCGGGCAAAACUGUCUUAAAUGAGGCGCAGUUUUUUCAUUUGGUCGUAAACCGCGGCCGACAAAAACAUUUGCAGAACCGGUUGGCCACUAAUGAUAACGACGGCCACAAUUAGUCGGACGACAAUUCAGUUUGAAUGCAAAUUUGUUUGUUUUUUUAAUGAUGACUAUUAGGAUAAACUAUCAAAAAAAGUAAACUAAAUUUUUUUUUUGAUGUUUCAAAACUUUUUUGUUUUGUUGUUUUGUUUAGUUUCACUUAAAU